AGCCGGCCUACGGCGGCUGGGAGGGGUCAAAUGGGGCGGGCUACGGGGGCCGGCGUGGCCCAACGCCUGGCGACGGGCGUUUCCCGGCGCGCCCCGCGGCAGAUUGUACACAAUCAUCAUGGCCGCUGCCGCCUCUCCCUCCGCCGAUGGUGCCGAGGAGCCGGGCAUGGAGGCGGAGGAGCUGCCGCUGGGCGGCGGCGGCGGCGGGGAGGGCGGCGCGGCGGGGCGGCCGCCCGAGGCGGAGGAGCGGCCGGACCUCUCGCAGGCGUCUGUCAGCAACGGCAGCGACUCGGAGAGCGGGAAGGAGCUGGUGGAGUUAAAGGUCAUCUGGAACAAGAACAAGUACGACGUGAAGUUCCGCCUGGACAGCACGGGGGCCGACCUGAAGCAGAAGAUCCACUCGCUCACAGGCCUCCCACCUGCUAUGCAGAAAGUUAUGUUCAAGGGACUUCUACCGGAGGAGAAAACGUUACGAGAAAUCAAAGUGACAAAUGGUGCAAAGAUAAUGGUUGUUGGAUCUACUAUCAAUGAUGUUUUAGCAGUAAAUACACCCAAAGAAGCUGCUCAACAGGAGGUCAAGGCUGAAGAAAAUAAAAAGGAGCCCCUUUGCAGACAAAAGCAACACAGAAAAGUAUUGGAUAAAGGCAAACCUGAUGAUGUGAUGCCUUCUGUUAAAGGUGUUCAGGAGCGCCUGCCAACAGUGCCGUUAUCUGGCAUGUACAACAAGUCAGGGGGGAAAGUAAGAUUGACCUUCAAACUUGAGCAAGACCAGCUAUGGAUUGGUACAAAAGAGAGAACGGAAAAGUUACCCAUGGGGUCCAUUAAAAAUGUGGUGAGUGAACCUAUUGAAGGACAUGAGGAUUAUCACAUGAUGGCGUUUCAGCUGGGCCCAACAGAAGCAUCUUACUACUGGGUCUAUUGGGUACCAACUCAAUAUGUUGAUGCAAUCAAAGACACGGUGCUGGGGAAAUGGCAGUAUUUUUGAAAGCACGCUCACCUCUGGCACAGGAAAAUGACACAAAGCUAAGGACACUGCUUGGAGAGGCCUCCAACAUCCCUGGAUGUGAUAGUCCUGGAACUUAUUAAUAAAAUAUGAUAAACGAGGCAUUGAUGGAAGCCAGAGGUGAUGUUCUUUCACCAUUAGUUUACUUUUAACUUAAAUUUCAGCAUCCCUUUUCUGCAGUCAGCUUCAACCAUAUUUAAAGCAAAUACAAUGGAAAUCAAUAAAUCUUAAUUCACAAAAUAUUGUGUGUAAUACACUUAAAUCUGCUGAGAGUUGAUCUUCCAUUUUAGUUUUGAAAAGAAAAUAUUACAGUCUAUUAUUGAGGAUUUUUUACAUGGUUGGAACAAAAAUAUUUUCAUAAUCUUUAAGUUACAAGCAUUAGACUUAAUUUAGUUACUUGGUUGUGACUGAGAAUUUCAGAAACAGUUUUUUAAAAUAAACUUUAAAUAGUAUGCAAAAUUGAUGUUCAGUAAGCCAUAUUCUGCUGGGCCUUUUAUUUCAGGUUUGAAUCUUUGGUAGCAAAACUUUUUUUUUUCUUUUUUUUUAAACCCAAAGGUCUUUUUUGCUUGUUUGUUUUAUAUAUACACUAGAAGCCCUGGGUUGGUACUUGGCAUGUUUGGAGCAGAUGAAUACCACUGUGGAUGUUUUGUAAUCACAAUGACCCAGUGCUGCUUACUGUCCCGUUUCGUGCCAUUUUAGUUGUUUUCUUCCCACCUGCAUUCCUCUCCUCCUCUUCUGCCUCCUGCCUGGGGGGGACUACAUUUUAGGAGCUGUUUCCUGAUCAUAUAUGUUGCAGCCCUGGAUCAUUUUGCAGCUGUUGUGAUGACACUUACCUAGUUGAUGGAAAAGAACCUCUAGAGUGCACUGUGUAAUAGUCUGGCAUGAGCGUACUGGAGCAGUAACACAGAUGUUGCAAAGGAAGUGAACCAAAGAGACCUUCCUGUGUGGGGUUUUUGUGUGGGGUUUUUUUGGGGGGGGUGGUCAGAUGUCUAAAAUGUCAUUUUAUUUGGGCCCUGAAUAAUUGUGGUAGUCUUUUGUGACCUGGAUUUGAAAAUUCACGGUAAUCUUAUUCAGUAAGUCAUACCAAAUUUAGGCUGUCUGUCCACCAACUGAUCUUUUAAAGUUUAAAUCACCUUUCAAUUUUUCUUUGCUCAAGUUUUCAGGAACUUCUUGCAUCUAGUUCUGUCUGAAAUAAUAUUCCUUGCCUUUGGUUUGUGAUACUCUGCCUGUCAUCUCAGCAAUUAAUGUGCCAUUUAUCUCAGGUUUUCUGAAUGGACCUUUCAGUCCUGAAAAGGUGCACACCCUUAACAAAUUGUAUUGCGUAGUCAGACCAAAUCAGUCCUACUGUGUGUUGAACCUGCAUCUGAGAGAUCACUUUUUCUUUUUUUAACAACACUGUAGGCUUAAUGUUUGUUCAAUACAAGUAGUUCAGCAUUUUGUGACACUCGAGGAGAGACAUCCUUUGAGGAAUAGCUGAACAUAAUAUAUCCCCUGUCCAUUUUUCACUUUCCUUGAAAUAGCCCAGUUGAAAUUCAGCAGGUGCAAAUUCCCAAAUUGAUAUUUAUUUUAUUUUUAUUUUAUUAUAGACAGGGAAAAGUGUUCAUUUUAUGACGUAAGGGUCUUCAGUUUUUUUCUAAUAUUAUUGAAAGUGAAUUUGGGUUGAGGUGACAUUUACCUAUAUACUAUUGAUAGCAACAUGAGCAGCUUUUGUUUCGUAUUUUCAGUUAGAACAUUCAUUCAAUAUGAAUUUUAAAGUUGUUCCACAUCCUACAUCCAUAAACUAUUGAUGUGCUUAUUAUUCCUGUAGCUUGAGAUAUUUUCCUUCUAUAUGCAAGCCAACAGCAGUGUGUCUUGACAUAAAUUCACUGUGACACGAAUCUUUCCUGAAGUAGCACCGUGUCAGUUCCUUAGAGCAGCCUCCUCCUGAAAGCGCCGAGCAAGGGUAUGAAUGCAGUAAUGGAAUUGCUAUGAGUUAAUUUGAGAUGUAAUUACAACUUAAAUGCAAUUGUUAUACUUUUUAUUUACUAAUUGCCAAUUCAAGUAUUAAGGCUAAAAUUUAAAUUUCAGUAUCUGUGUAUGUGCUGCAAUACUGCAUCAUAUGCUUUAUAUGGUGUAUAAAGAAAACUAGUGACAUUUAGCUGCUUCUGUCAUUUGGAUUCACCUUUGCACUCUGCUAGUCUUGUUGGUUCAGUGACUAUCAGCUUCCACUCACUACCUGACUUGCUUGGACCUGUCUGUAUGUCCAUUCAUGCUCCGUUUUCCUUUCCUGUCCUUUCACUUGCUUGCCCCUUGAGAGGACAUGUAUCUUAAUUCCAACCGUUCCCCAGUGUUCCUGUGGCUUCUGUGCUGGAUGCCAUGAUACGGGUGAGUACGCUCUGCUGCCAGCGCUGAGGUAGGGCAUAUCCACCUGAUCUAAUCACUGUCGAGGCAACAAGGGCACCUUGGGCAUGGAGCACAAUGUCGCAUUUAACAUUCCUGUCGGCUCUGUUUCCAGGGGCAUGAUUAUUCUGCAUCCUGUGCCAGGUACAAUAAAUCAUUGAUAUCAGAAGAAAAUGCAUAUAAAAAUUGUAGAGUACAGAGCAGUUUUAAACAUGGAGAAAAAAUAUUAUAAAUUAAGAAAAUCAAACUUGGUCCUGUUUAGGUACUUCUAUUUUAGUUGAAUUUGAUGUGAAAAAUGAAACUUUCACUUCUUCCAUGUGCAAAAUUUGAAUUAAAAUACAGGAAAGGGAUACCUAAAAUGCUUUAAUUGGUGUUUGUUGGCUAAAUAUAGUACAUUUCUUGGAAGUUCUUUGAAAUUAAUAUUCCAAUUGAAUUUACCAGCACCUCUUUAAAGAUUCCUCUUUUGGAAUGAUGUGGAGCUUUGUAUCUUCUGGUAUAUACCAAUUUUUAAAAGGCACUUACUGACCCUAAUGAUCAUAAACAUCUAAGAAAACGCCAUCUCUUUAGUUGAAUGGUGUCCCAGUUUGUUUAACUGGGGAGCUGUUUUCUAGCCUCUUUACUUUGGAUUUUACCCUUAGAGUUAAGGUGGUUUCCAGGGCAGAUUGAGGAUGCCAAAUGGCCUGUGGAGGAAUUUGGCAGUUAGUCCUCAGUAAAAUACAAGUGUAAUAAAUAAAAUGCAAAUACAAUCAGUAUUUUAAGUUGACUGAUUAAGGUUGUUUUCAGAUCACUCAUGUAAUUUCCAUAGGAGGUAUAUGGUAAUAUCUGUGGUGAUUCUUAUGCAAAAGUUGAAGUAUUUCAGUUAAAUCACAACUUAACGCCUUUCUAGGGAGAUCAGCUCCCUGUUGUAUAUAUGUGUAACUCCUUAUGAACAUUAAUUUUGGGAUGCUAUUCCUUAUGAAGUUGUAUUAAGUGCUUUGCUAGGUUUACUAAUUGGUGAUUAAAGUAUCUGGAAUGCAAAUGUGGGUUUUCAACAGAAGACAAUAUUUCCUCAUGCAAAUUUCCCAGUUGCUUUUAAUGCACAGGCAGUGUGUCCUUUACAGUUCUUCUUGGUGCCAUCAUUUCAUUACAGUGCAGUAGCAAUAAACACUGUCCGUGAGGAGUUCUGUUGCAGUUACCGAGCUCUUCGUAGGCCUUUGAUGGUGUUGAGUGUUUCGGCUCGCCUGUGUGCCAUUCCUUUCCCUUUUCUGUGUCCAAUGCUAUGGGUUUCUUGUUUCUCUCCUUGUUCUGAGUUUAGUAUUCCUUCCAUAUCUGUUUGUGCAUCCCAAGCAUAAACAGUUUCUGCAUUAGUAUUUCAUUAGGAAUGUAAAUGUAUAUCGUUAAACCUUGUUUGGGUUUGAGCACAGACCAUAUCUUGUAUGAAAAUCUUGUAUUACUUGCAAGUUUUUCAUACCAAGUUUAAGAUUAAAGUAAAUCAUUACUUUCUCUUAGCGACAUAGUCUUAUGAGAAAUGUAUUAUUAAAAUGUUACUGUCAUGAAAGAGAAAAGGUGGUUUGAAGAAAAAGAAUUACAUAAGCUGUUAACACGCAAUAGUUUAUAACUUGUGAGGCACCGCCGCAACCUGUUCAGUUCUAUCGUUUACACAGUUCGUAUCCAUGUUUCAUACCGCAGUGGCCAAAGAGGAACAAUUCACUUGCAGUGACACAGUCUCACAGGUGCCGUAUUUUGGGGAUGGCCUGUCGCAUGUUCUCCCUCCCCUCUCCCGGUGGCCCCCGCCGGCUCUGGGGACGCAGCCGUGAGGGCACAGCCGGGCGCCUGCUCGAUGCUCUGCGCUCCGGCUGCUUGUCGUGCCAACGCCGGGCAGCAAGGUUUGUUCUCCAGCUUUCCUUCUGUUGCUUGCUUCUCUCUUCCUUUACCCGUAUCUUUAUUUUUCAGUGGGAUUGUUUUCAUUGUGCGCUGAGUACUCGAGCCUUUCGGAAUUAGACUGCUUGUAUCUUGUUUUGUUAAUUAACAUCCUCGUCACUGGGGGAAGGAGGAGGGGACCAGGAGCGCUGUAGCAAGUCUUGUAGGAAACACGUGGCCAUUUUACCUUCUAGCCAAGGAUUUGCUUUCUGUGGUUCAUGGAAGUUUACUAUGUCUUACCAGUAUUCUAAGCAAUUCAUUCUUUGAUUUUCUAGUCAAAAACAAAAAAAAAAAGUUUUAGACUGUUUGUGUCCUCUGCAGAUUUAUUUUAAAUGGAAUAUGUAAGUACCAUGUUUUAUGGUAUUUUUAAAUUAUCUAUUGCCUAUUUCAGGGGAGGGGGAAAUGACAAAUAUUUAGUCUUAGAUUUGCACUGCUGGAUUUUUUAAGUGUAACCUUGACUGGUUAUCCUGUUACUUUAUUCUGUAAGAUUAGUCUUAUGAAUUAAAGUUUGAUAAUUAAGCA